AUGGCAACGGCCUCAGUGGACGAUGAUCAGAACGGGGAAGCUGAACUUGCAGAUUACAAAAAUAAAGCAAAACUUCUUUUCAAAAAAAUGAAUGAAAACUCCGAAGAGAGAUGUUCAAUUGAAUCAGGAAGUUAUUAUUUUCACUACCUGGAAGAACUUGCUAAAGAAUUUUCAAUGAGUUACGGGAACGAGGUCGAAAAAAGAACUUUAAGACCAUAUGCUUUUGUUAAAUUUGGUACAUAUCAUCUAUCCGAGCCUUUUGAGGAAUUGAGAAUUUACGUGAUUUACGUGUUUGGUUUGGAAACCCUGACAAUGUUGACCACUAAUGCUUAUGCGGUUUAUCAAAAUACACGAACGCAACACAAUAUUGAUCGACUAAAUACCGAACUGAAUGAGGUGGCCAAUAUCAUGACUAAAAAUUUGGAAAGUGUCUUGUGGCGCGGCGAAGGGUUAGAAAAAAUGAGUUCUCUCUCUGAUCAACUUCGUUAUGAAUCCCAGAAAUAUAAAAAGACAGCUCAUGACCUUAAUCUGCAACUUCUUUAUCGCAACCAACCGUAUAUUUAUAAUGAUGAACAUUCUUAUAGAUAA